AUGUCGAUCAGGUUCUUUAUAGAGAAAGAGCCCUUGCUAGAUGCAACAACUGAGGCAGUGAUCAUAGACGUGCAAAAUAACAGCAUCGAAAGUGACAUUACAUCCUCAUGUGAUAUACAGGUUCGGAAAGUCCCCAUGGUUCAUCCGCCGUUACGCAAGAGCGAUAAAUUUAGGAACUUAAAACUGUAUACACCGCUUCCCCUCACCCCCCGGGCCAUUACUCAAAGCGCGGUCCCCCCUCCCCACCUGCAGAUCGCCAUCAGACUCGCCACAACGUUCUUUGUUGGCUUUGAAGUUCGAGGGAUGUGGCUGUGGUCGGUACCAGCCGCUGUGCUCUUGCUGGGCUUUCUGCAAGAGGCCAGUUUUGGUCCGGCGUGUAGGAUCAGCGAGUUCCCCUGCAGGAAUGGCCAAUGCAUCCGUCUGAAUGGCUACUGCGACGGCAACGACGACUGCGGCGAUGAAUCGGACGAACCGCACUUCUGUACAGUGUGCAACCGGACGUACUACGGCGACGUGGGCAAGACGUACGACCUGCGGGUCGUUAAGUCCGUCGAGACCCGGCUGCCCUUCCUGUGCCACCUCACGUUCACCGCCAACGGCCAGAGCCACGGAGAUAUAGUGCAGCUCAUCUUCGACGAGUUCAAAGUGGGCCGCUACGAAGCCUCCGCCCUGGACGGCUGCCCCGACGGCUACAUGCAGCUCAGCGAGCUGGGUCGCCCCUUCACCGGCGGUUCCUGGUGCGGCUCCUCCUCCGGUCCGGCAGCUUACUACAGCGAAACCUCCACCGUCACCGUCACCGUCAAGCUGUUCGGCUCGCCGCAGAUACCCUUCGCCUUCCGCCUGCGUUACCGCUUCGUGUCGCGGAGGGAAGCGGUGGUCCGCUUCGGCAGCCCCACCGCGCCUCUGGAACGUGGCCAAGUCGCCCCAGGCACGUACUGUACGCGGCAGUUCGAGGAGUGUUACCGGAAACCGUGUAGACUGCAGUCCCCGAAUUAUCCGGGCAUGUAUCCACGGAACGUAUCCUGUUACUGGAGCUUGAGGCAGAAGUUUGUGCCGACCUGCAAGCAUGCGAUGAUAGCGGUGAGGCAGGAGGCAGCGCAUAAGAUGCACAUGAAGAGGUCCAUCAACGUAGCCGGGCUGAACAAGACAGCUAGGGCUCUGAGAGCUUGGAGGGACUGCACUGGAGAAAGGGAUCAUUUGAUUUUCUACGAUGGAGGGUCCACGAACGACCCAGUGCUAGCCAAGUACUGUGGAGGCGAUUGGCUUCCAAGAGUGGUUUCUAGAGGUCCUGAGAUGCUGGUAGCGUUCCAUUCUUCACCGUUUAGUAUACCUCUGCAUUCGCCGCCUUCUCAUUCACCUCUAAAAGGAUUUGAGCUAGACGUUGACGUCAUCUUCGCCGAUUCUGACUCCUUGGAUUAUUCCCGACACAGCUUGAAGUGUGAGUUUGAUGUUAACGCCACAAGCCCAGACAGCGACGAGAUUUGGACGGGAAGAGGAAGGAAAGGUAGAUUGAUUAGUCCAAAGCACUCCCUUCCCCCUAACACCACUUGCACUUACAUAUUUCGAGGAUAUCCUGGGGAUCUAGUGUGGGUAAGUUUCAUUUCCUACAGCCACAGAGCAUUGCUUGUAGGAGAGAGCGCACAUGCUUUGUUAAGCAAUGGUUCUUCAAGUGGUUGCUCGACAAGGUUAAGAGUCUGGGACGGCAACACAUUAAUCGAAGAUAAAUGCGAUGAGCCUCCAAAACUAUGCGACCACAGCGCCCUCAGCAACUCUACUAGAGUCACCAGACCUUGCUCUGUGGAAGAAAGUUACUUAUCCACUGAUAAGUCUUUGGUGGUUCAGCAUCACACAGAAGAUGGUACUGCUUUGCACCCUGCUUCAUUCAGAUUGAAAUACGAAUUCGUAGACACAAGAGUAGGAGGUGACACUUGGCCUGACAAGGAAGACGAAGGACCGUGCCAUAGAGUGUUCAGGAGACAGCACGUAGGAGAAGUGACUGCUCCAAGAAACAUCUUCCUCUACGGACGAGGCGGUGCUAGAGACUUGAACUGCGUCUAUAGAUUCGAAGUGAGUGCAAACGAGAGAGUAAGGAUCAUCCUCAACAACGCGUCGUUCGGUCUUAACCCUUCCUGUGAAACCAUAAACGAUCCUCAUACCGGAAGGUACGCGUGUGAACACUACUCGGGAAACCGUAUCGCGGAGUUAAGCAUCUACGAGAGACCGUGGAGGGAUAUCCGUAUACCCAAGGCGUGUGUCUGUGACAACUCCACCUUAUCCAGUAAACCUAUCGUGUUCAUUUCAUCCUCGAGAAUCCUAGAACUCCAAUUCACUGCCAAAGACAUGAACAUCACCGAGGAUUUUACCGUUAUUCACUUCCACGCGUUGUUUGAAAUAGUGAAAAUGCCUGACUGUCCUAGAACGCAUAGACUACGAGGAGAUGGGGGUGACGUGCAGUUCAACAAUCCUCCUGUUGAGAGAUCAGACAGCCUUUGCACCGGAAUGCCUUGGUUGGUGGAAGCGAGAUACAACAGGAGUUUGUUCUUGUUGAGUUGGGGGGCAUUCUUACCACUUAAACCGCGCCUAGACGAGUCCACUCGCUGUCCAACCUCCAACCGACUGAUGAUCUACUCCGGACGACCUCCAAAACUCGUAAGAGUAGUGUGUCCAGCUGAACCAGAAACCAAACUGCUGGCCAUCCACAUAUUUAGCGAAGAGUGGUGGGGAGAAUCCUUGGCCCACGCGGUACAGAGACCGCCAAACUUCCUAGUGGAAUGGAUAGGAGCCGAAGCGGGAGUGGCGGCCUUCAGCUGGCUGGAGAUCACCAGGUCGAGAUCCUCGCUGCUCCAACAGCUCCAAGUCCCCGUCAACGCGAGUGCCAACGAGACGGACCUCGAGUGCGCGUACAAGUGUCCGGAAUUAGAUGCGUGUAUCAGUGCUUCGCUGUGGUGCGACAGGAAGAAUCACUGCCCCUCGGGCCACGACGAGUCGGAGGUGGAGUGCGGCGCCACCUCCAAGCUGCUGAACUCGCUGCCGCUGCCGGCGCUGGCCGCCGCCGCCGCCGUCAUCUCCUCCAUCGUCCUGCUCAUCUGCCUGACCCUGCACCGGCUGAGAGCCAGGCGCCGGCGGAGGCUGGCCAAGAAGAAGCUGCUCACAGGCCCCAGGCUGCUCGACCCUAGUUUAAAUUCUUGA